GGUAACAACGCUCGGCAGCACUUAAAGAUGGCAGCCGAAGGAGGCGGAGGCCCGGGUGGCUGUCCUCCGAGCGGACCUCUGUGGACGUUGCUGCUUUUCCUGACCGGCCUUCGGCCGAGCAUCGCCGCCUCUUCUUCGGUCUCCUUGAGCGGCGGUUCCCACUGCCAUCACCGCGUCCCCUCCGCCGAUGAGGUCGUAUACAAGGUUCAUCUUAAAACAAAUCAUAUCCUGAAAAGGGACGUUGAUCAGCAUUUAAGAAUUAAGAUUGUUUAUGAUAAAAGUGUUGAAGAGUUGCUUUCUGAGAAAAGGCACCUCGUAAAGAAUAAACUUUUUCCACAAGCUAUUUCAUAUUUGGAGAAGACAUUUCAAGUUCGUAGACCUGCCGGUCCCAUCUUGCUUAACAGACAAUGUGCAACAAAUCAGUAUAUAAGAAAGAGAAACGACCCCCACAGAUACUGUAAAGACUCUUGUGCUGAGCAUACCAAGUGUGGCCCCAUCCGAGUGCCUGAGAAGCAUCUUCAGCAAUGUUGGGUUUGUAGUGAGUCUGAACGGAUGUGUAGAUCGUUGAACUCUCCGGGCAACGAGGGCAUUAAGGAUGCAGACUUUGUACUGUAUGUUAGUGCUCUAACCACUGAGAGGUGCAGUCAAGAAAAUAUCAUUGCUUAUGCAGCCUAUUGCCAGCAAGAAGCAGAGAUGGACAGGCCAGUAGCAGGAUAUGCUAACCUGUGUCCAAAUAUGAUUUCUACUCAACCUCAGGAAUUUAUUGGAAUGUUGUCAACAGUGAAACAUGAGAUUAUUCAUGCCUUGGGCUUCUCUGCUGGGCUUUUUGCUUUCUACCAUGAUAAAGAUGGAAAACCUCUGACUUCAAGAUAUGCGAGUGGUUUACCACCUUUUAACAGCAGUCUUGGAUUGUAUCAAUGGAGUGAUAAGGUGGUUCGAAAACUGGAGAGACUAUGGGAUGUUCAAGGUAGUAAGAUGAUACCACACAGCGUGUUUGUUCUCGUAACACCUCGUGUUGUUGAAGAAGCUCGGAAACAUUUUAAUUGUCCAAUUUUGGAAGGAAUGGAACUUGAAAAUCAAGGUGGUCUAGGCACUGAGCUGAACCACUGGGAAAAACGGUUAUUAGAGAAUGAAGCAAUGACUGGCUCUCACACACAGAACCGAGUCCUCUCUAGAAUAACCUUAGCAUUAAUGGAAGACACAGGCUGGUAUAAAGCUAAUUACAGCAUGGCUGAGACCUUAGACUGGGGCCGUGAUAAGGGCUGCGACUUUGUCAUGAAGAGUUGUAAAUUCUGGAUUGAUCAGCAAAAACAAAAGAGACAGGUGCUAACCCCCUAUUGUGACACACUCAGAAGUAACCCAUUGCAGCUAACCUGCAGGCAAGACCGGAGAGCAGUAGCUGUGUGUAACCUGCAGAAGUUCCCCAAGCCCUUGCCCCAGGAAUAUCAGUACUUUGAUGACCUUAAUGGAAUACCUACAGAAGAAUUGCCUUAUUAUGGUGGCUCGGUGGAGAUUGCUGAUUACUGUCCAUUCAACCAAGAAUUCAAUUGGCAUAUAAGUGGUGAAUUUCAACGCAGUUCAGAUUGUAGAAUACUGGAAAAUCAACCAGAACCUUUCAAAAACUUUGGUGCUGAAAAAUACGGACCUCAUUCAGUAUGUCUAAUACAGAAAUCUGCAUUUGUCAUGGAGAAGUGUGAAAAGAAGCUCAGUUAUCCUGACUGGGGGAGUGGAUGUUAUCAGGUUUCUUGUUCUCCCCAAGGCUUGAAGGUUUGGGUCCAGAAUACCACAUAUUUGUGCAGUCGGGCAGGUCAGGUCCUCCCUGUAAGCAUCCAGAUAAAUGGCUGGGUACAUGAUGGGGACCUUCUCUGCCCAUCAUGUUGGGACUUCUGUGAAUUCUGCCCUCCUGAAAUGGAUCCUCCAAUUUCCAACCUCACAAGGGCUUUACCACUGGAUCUCUGCUCCUGCUCCUCCAGCCUGGUUGUCACGCUCUGGCUGCUGCUGGCUAACUUGUUUCCUCUCCUGGCUGGAUUCCUUCUGUGUGUUUUGCAUUAGCGGUCAAAAGAUGGAUCUCUGAGAACCUCUUUUGUGUUGUUCCUCUUGGCCAGAGCACACAACUUAAGACAGGGGCCAGCCUGUGAAAAAGACUGAAGAUGCAGUUGUGACUUAAUCUUGGAACCAUUGAUUACAGUGGGACCUUGAAGCAAUCUUUCCACACCCAGAGCUUUGAUUAAGGGAGCUUUGCAAAGGACAGUGAUCUUAUCAGUUGCCAAGUCCAUUAGUGUUUUAGGACCAGUGAUGGAUCGAUCAUCCCUCGACCCUAGGUUUUAUUGAAUUCCUCUGAAAAUGUCCUUGGGAUGACUAAUGAAUCAUCAGCUAAUUACAUACCUCAGUGUUUGCUGUCAGAAAUCAUGGACAAGAUCAGCUGCCGGUGCUGUAGUAGAUUGGCCAUCCACCAGCAGGUUGUUGCAGAAUCCUAAAUUCUAUUGAAUCCUGUGGAGUUUUUCAAAAUUGUGAACUCUUAUUUGACUUAUGGGCCUUUUGAGUUUAAUGCUAUUCAUGGGACUCUUCCUUACAUCAUUGUACUGAAAGUUAGUUCAGUGGUAUUGCUUUAUUUGAGCAAUUCCAUUCUGUAACUUAAUCAUGCCUACCUUUUUCAAACUAGUAGCUGAACUGAACUGUGUUUAUCUAGGACUCCUGAGGAUAGGUUCUGUUGAGGGGUUUUUUGACAGACUUCUUCCAGCAGUAUCUUUUCUUGUUAACCUUUGGAAUCUAAUAGUCAAUCACAGCCUAUUUGUAUUCUUGAUUAGGUUGUAGUUUAAUGACUUCUGGGGGGUGGGGGGGGAACUUGUGAAAGAGUUAAGAACUACUAAGACAACUACUCAUUAUGAGCACUGAGAAUGUGACUGUGGAAGGGAAGAGAAGACCCGGAAGUUUUUCAGGCAGGAGUAUUGAUUGCUUUAGUCCUAACAGUGACUGAAGGAGCUCACAGACGCCCAGAGAGAAAGCUCUGGUCCGGACAGGCAUGUGCUGCUUUUCACAGAAUUACACGUGUGGCUCCAAGUGACAGGAAGAUGAAGGAGGCCAAGCACAGCAUUUUGGGUUUUCUGACAUGUGAUGGGAAAUAGGUAUUAGGUGCCCCUCGCCAGUAUCACAUCUCCAAGGCAUUUUGCCUGGGGACACAGAAGUGGAGAGGCUCUUUUAGUAUUUCUUCAAAGACUCGCACCUGAACUUCAGAAUCUCCUGUCUCAUCAGGAGGGGUCGUAGCUGCAAGUCUGGGUGCCAGCGCAAUCCAACUCACUACACACACAUGAAUUAUGUGCAAUGCAAUUUUAGUAGGUACUGGGAAUACAGAGGCAGACACAAAGCAGCCCUUGUUCUCUCUGGAGAGUGUGUGCAACCUACCUGCUGGUUGGGGAGAGGGAGAAUCUGACUAAGUAUUAAUAAUCCUGUACAAGGAAGGGGCGUGUGAGGGCAAAGAAGAAAUCCAGACAUGCUAGUAAACAAUAGCUUUGGUAGUCUGCAUCAGUAAGCCUUAGGCGAGCAGUGCAUGUCCUUAAUUUGUAUAUUAAAGCCCAGAAAUAACUGACCCUCAGCCUAAAGAUAGAGCAUUUUUGGACGUCUCUAUUGAAGGAAAGCCAAUUUGUGUACGCUUUGAGAAGAGGGGCUAUCAAGUUUCCUCUAUUCUCUAAAACACCAAAGCCCAGAAAGCCUGGGCUGUUGGCCCCUCAGUCCUUGCUGCUACCUGGAAGAUUCCAGUCUCUGGUGCUGAAUUUCCCAGCAGCCCUGAUCCAGGUGUGGAAUAAGAAUGAACCCCUUCUUGCCAGGAACACACCACAACCUGUUCUUGUUGGGAGGCUGAUGUAGAUGACGCUGGUCUAAGCGGAAGAUUACAAGGGCGGUGUUUAGGAAGUACACAAGCUUAGUUUUUAAGUCUAUCCGAGAUGCACAUGCACUUCAGGGAGGUCAGGACACAAGGGAAGCUUAUGUAACUUAUUUUUAAAAAGAAAUGAGUGACUAAGAAUUGUCCUAAAGGCAAUUAUCUAUAGUGAUUCAGGAAUCACUGGAACUGGACAACACAAUUUCGCCAAAAUUUUAUAGUUAAGGGUAGGUAUUGUUAUCUUCUGACUGUUGUACAGUGAUUGAAAGCAUGGUGCUUUUAUACUUGAAAGAUAUCUUGAUUUAUUUUUCUUAAUAUAAUUAUAUUUGCACUAACUACUUCCUUGGUAAUAUAGCUGACAUUUUUACUUCUGUGUAUAUUUAUUACAUUUGCAAUAUGGUAACCCAGUGUUGUGUCUGCACAAAUAUGAACCUUGAGAAGCUUGGGGUUGAGUGUCUUGACUUCUGUUAAAUGAGCUGUAUCGGUGUCUUCCUGUCAGAGGAUAGCUUGAUAAGUGGUUAUCACUUACUUCGCAUUGUGUUCUGCUAGUUGUAGAAGAUGUGUCAACUGUCUUUAGAAGACUAAUUAACUUGAUAGAGCUUUCCCAGGGAGGUUUUAAGAAGCAUUUCUUGAUCUUCUGGAAUGUAGCAAUGGAAUAAAGAAUGGUUUUAAUAAUCUGUUUCAGUUCAGGUUUUGUGAGAAUGUUUUCCUUUGGGGGCUAGAAAUUCUGGAAGCUAGAAAACUGCAAAUGGCUCAGCUCCUAUGGAUAACAUAUAUCCCGGGUCAGGUUAUUUCAGAUUAGAAAAGACAAAACCAAGUUACUAUGCAAAUAGCAGGUAGGAUGACAAGGCCACUGUCAUGCUGAAAGGGAGAUGGAGAUGGGGGAGAAUAGUGGAGAGCAGCAAAGGAUAAACUGAACCUGCUUUCUGACUCAGUCCUUGUAAAACUGACUACCUCGGUUUUCCAUUCAGUCGUAGAUUCAUCUUACUCAUGGUUAAUGUCUAAAUCAUUUAAAGUAUGAAAUUUUAAAAAAUGUCUCAGGUUUUAAAGAAUAGAAUUCAUAGGAAAUAAAAGCCAUUUCAGCAAACAGACUUGAGUUGACUGUUUUGGAGAAACAAACAGGUACAGAAAGAAUCUUAACGUUGAACGGGACUUCAAAGGUCAUCUAUAGUCCAACUCCCCUUCCCAGUGCAGGAACCCCACUAUAACAUCCCUUUCAGGUGGCCAGCCCACUGCUGCUUGAAUAUUUCUAGUGACAGGGAAUUCACUACCUCACAAGACGACCCAUUCCAUUUUUUGGAUAGAUUUUAGAUAGAAAAUGU